CACAUACACAUCCAUACAUAAUUAUAAUGCAGUCAGUUCUCCAGCCCAUCAUCGGCCCCAGAAAAGAGAUCCACGACCUCACCGGUCGCGUGGCGCUCGUCACCGGCGGUGCCUUGGGCAUCGGCUACGAGGUCGCCCGCGCCUUCGUCCUCAACGGCGCCCGCGUCAUCAUGGUCAACCGCAAAGAGGAACAGGGGCAGUCGGCCAUUGAAUCCAUCAAGAAGGAGGCCGGCGAGGGAGCCCAGAUCGAAUGGGUGUCCUGCGACAUGGGCAACCUGAAGGAGGUGCGGGAGGUAUUCGAGGGGAUUCGCCAGCGAGAAGAGCGCUUAGAUCUGCUCAUCCUCUCCGCUGGCAUCAACGCCAACCAAUACGGCGAGACGGCCGACGGCAUCGACCGCCACUUCCAGGUCAACUGGCUCGGCCAGUUCUACGUGGUCAACCAGCUCUACCCGCUCCUCCGCAAGACGUCGAAACUCCCCGACACCCCGGCGCCGCGCAUCGUCUUCGAGUCCUCCGAGCAGCACCGCAACGCCCCGCCCAACGUGCACUUCGCCUCGCUCGCGGAGCUGAACAACCCGGAGGUCGGCAACACGCAGCUCUACGGCCGAACCAAGCUGGCGAUCAUCCUCGGGGUGAAGUACGGGCUGCGGGACCGAGUCAUCAAGCCCAAUGGGGAUAACAUCUAUGCGCUGUCGGUGCAUCCUGGUGCUGUGAACACGGCGAUGCAGCAACAGUGGAAAGACGCGUACCCCGGGAUCGUCGGGAACCUGCUGACCAAGGUGAUGCUGGCGGCGGGCCGCAACGUCGAGCAGGGCUCGUUCAGCGCGCUGUGGGCGGCGACCAGCCCCGAGGUCGAGGACAAGGGCUGGAACGGGUACUAUUUCAGCGAUGUCGCGCAGCCCGGCAAGGAGACCGGCCAGGCGUCGGAUCCGGUGCUGGGGGCUGCGCUGUGGGAUCUCAGCCAUCGGCUGAUCCGGGAGAAGGCGGGGGAGGAUGCGGUCGUGGAUUGGGGGAGUGCUUAGGUGCUUAGCGUGCUCAGCUGGAUUGGGGGUGAUUGUGUAGUGGUUAAUGUAGUUUUAUUUAUAGCGUUGACGGUUAUCUUGAUUAAUUCCGGGUCUUCAAUUGAGUGUUAUCAGGAAG